UAGCUUCCCAUCUCUCACAAGCUCAUCCAACUUCUCCCCUCUCCAUUUGCUAGGUUAUCUUUCUCUUUUCUUGGUUAUAUUAUUCUCUUUGGUACUGCUAAAAGCUUGGUAGCAGAAACAUGGGGUUCUCAGUAAGAUUUCGUUGUUGCCUUGUGUCUGUCAUGGUGCUCUUGCCUGCACUGUCUCUGUGUUACUCUCAGGACUAUUUCGUCCGGUCCAGAGCAACUUACUAUGGCAGUCCUGACUGCUUAGGGACUCCAAGUGGAGCUUGCGGGUUUGGAGAAUACGGCAGGACUGUCAAUGAUGCGAACGUGGCUGGGGUUUCCAGGCUCUACAAGAAUGGAGCUGGCUGCGGUGCUUGCUAUCAGGUUAGGUGCACGAACCCUCAACUGUGUGAUGGUAAUGGGGUGAACGUUGUGGUGACUGACUAUGGCGAAGGAGACCACACAGAUUUCAUCCUGAGUCCCCGUGCCUACACAAGGAUGGCACGAUCAAACACCGCCGCGCAGCUGUUUGCUUAUGGCGUAGUUGACGUGGAAUUCCAGAGAAUCCCCUGCCGCUACGGUGGUCACAAGCUGCAGUUCAAGGUUCAAGAACAAAGCAGAUACCCAAGCUACUUGGCCAUUGUAAUCUUGUACCAAACUGGCAAAAACGAUAUCCAAGCCGUUGAUAUUUGGCGGGAGGAUUGUAAGCAAUGGAUAGGAAUGAGGAGGGCGUAUGGGGCAGUUUUCGACAUGGCUAGUCCGCCACAGGGGGCUGUCAGCUUGAGGUUGCAAGUGAGUGGCAGCGCGGGCUUGACAUGGGUGCAGGCACCAAACGUUAUCCCCAGCGAUUGGAAAGCUGGAGUUGCGUAUGAAUCAGAUAUUCAGCUUGAGUAAAGUGCGUCAGGCUUGCACUACUAGAAACAAAUAAGAAAUUUUAAAACGCAAAAAUCAGACUACUUGUAUUAAGUCCUUAAUUACAUGGUUGCUUUAUGAUGUCACUAGUAAGACAGCAAAGUGCUUAAAACUUCGCCUUGCGGUCGAUAAAAUAAAGAGUUGGUUAUGUGUA